AUGGCGGACGCAGUGGUUCAACUUCGUUGCGGUGUCAAGAAUGAUACAUGGGGAAAGAAAGGCAAAGACUCCGUGGCCGCGCAUCUGUGGUCUCAGACCCCCGGUCACGCACGCAUCGAUGAGGCCAAGAUGUACUCGGAGAUGUGGAUGGGAACCUAUCCAUCGAACCCAUCCUAUUUGCUCCCUACCGGCCAGUUACUGGCAGACUAUCUGAAGAAGAACCCCCAGCUAGUGGGCAAGUCGGUGUUGGAUCGAUGGGGACCAGAGAUUCCCUUUCUGCCCAAGAUCCUUUCCUUCUCCAAAGCGCUCCCACUCCAGAUCCACCCCGACCUCACUCUGGCCGCGCAACUGAACAAGCAAGACCCGAAGAAGUAUGGCGACACGAACCACAAGCCAGAGAUCGCAAUAGCACUCUCCAAAUUCGAACUCUUUGCCGGAUGGAAGCCACUCAACGACAUCCAGGCGCUGUUCAAGCUCAAGCCGCUGGAAAAGUUCGUCCCGUCGCCGACGCACUUCAACGACGAGACCCUGCGGCAGGUCUGCAAGGCGCUGCUCAAUGCAGCGCCUAAGACGGUGGCCGCCACCAUCAAAGAGCUGCAGAGUAUCCCCGAGCCCCAGUUUGGCGCAUACCCGUAUAUCCCGGGGCUGCUCGACCGGCUCAGCAAACAAUACACCGAGUGCGACAACGGGAACCUGGUGGCAGCGCUGCUGAUGAACUAUUUAACGCUGGGACCGGGCGAUGCCGUAUUUGUGCCCGCAGACAGUAUCCACGCGUACCUCGAGGGCGAUAUUGUCGAGUGCAUGGCGCGGUCGGACAAUGUCAUCAACACGGGGUUUUGUCCUGCACCGGAACGCGAUAGCGUCGAGUUGUUUGGUCAGGCUCUAACUUUCCAGCCGCAUAAUGCUCAAGAUGCGCUGCUGCCACGUCGCAAGAGUGACAAGGGCUUGAAUGGCAAGACGGAUGUCUAUGCGCCCCCGAUCAGCGAGUUCAGUGUGCUGUGUACGUGUCUCGGCGCGGGGGAGAAGGAGACGCACAAGUCGAUUCUCGGGCCCAGUCUGAUGAUAGUUACCAAGGGAUGUGGCUCCAUGAAUAUCCCUGGGGACAAGACGGUCGAACUGAAGGAGGGAUUCGUGUUCUUUGUGGGUCAGGGCGUUGCUCUAGACUUCUGUACCGACAAGGGCAUGGCCGUCUACCGCGCGUAUGCAGAAUAG